AUGGAGCCUGUGCCCUCGGAUCAUGUUGGCUUUCGCGUUUCGUGGUACCACAUGCCGACGGGAAGCAAUCUGUUCCGUGGUGUACGCGACGUCCCCGACAACGAACAAGCGCUGUCGCGUCGAGUUCGUGGACCCGGAAUUGAGAUUCUUCCAACCAAGCAAAUCAGUGCCGAAUUCGCGCAAGCCUGUUGCAAUCUACAUGACGACUAUGUCACCUUCCGCUUACUGUCCGUCUUCGGAAUUAAUGGAGCUGCACGCAAGCCCAUGUCUGAGCUCGAGACCGAGGCACGUAAGCCUGCCGAUGCCGAGUCACAGAAGCGUAUCUUUGUCAUCGCUACCACCCUUCAGACGCCGGCCGUGCGCGUGAGCAUCGUCAAUCAUAUCCGACACGGGCGAGACCCCAGCGACUCCGUGGAUGAUGAAGACUUUGACACCUACGAGUGGACACGAUCACGCAACUGA